AUGUCUUCCCUACAUGUUUGGGAACGGCCACCGCCGUCAUCGUCUCUCUUCUUCUCCUCACCAGGGCAAUCACCUCUAAAAAGACGUCCAAAUUCUCCUCCCUCCCCUUACCACCCGGCCCACCUACCCUUCCCAUUAUCGGAAACCUCCACCAAGCACCCAAAACCCACCCAUGGUUCCAAUUCCACACCUGGGCCAAAACCUACGGCCCCGUCUUCCACCUCAACAUGGCCGGCCAGCACGUCAUCGUCCUCACCACCAACAAAGCAGCCCACGACCUCCUCGCCAGAUAAGGUGCCACCUUCUCGGACAGACCUCACUUUGUCGUCGCGCACGAGCUGGCCCUCCAGGGAAUGCACAUGCUCCUCCGACCAUACGACCAACGCUUCAAACUCCACCAAAAAGCUCGAGAGCCCCGUGCUGGGCGAACGAGCGGCAAAGGCCUACGUCAAGAUCCAAUACUUGGAGUCGAAACAGCUCCUCCUUGACCUCUUACGUGGGGGUGGGAAACCAAUCAACCCCCACGACGAAAUAGAGCGCAUGACCGCCAGCGUGAUCUACACCCUCUUUUACGGGCAGAGGGUCCGCGAGGCGAAUGAUGCCAUCCUGCUUCAGGCUCACGCUGUAAACCACGAGUUCGACCAGCUGGCGCAGGCGGGAAAGUAUCUGGUUGAUUCGUUCCCUGUGCUGAACCGGCUGCCGGGAUUUUUGGCUCCUUGGAAGGCGGAGGCGGCGGAGCACUGGGGGAAACAACGGGCCCUUCACGUGGGGAUUUUGGAGAGGGGGUUGCAUGGGAGGAGUUGGAAUGUUGCGCGGCAGAUGAAGAGGGCGGUUGAUGGGAUGGGUGAGGUUGUUAUGUCUGUGGAUGAGUUGGCGUUGGAUAUUGGGAUUAUGGCUGAUGCUGCGCUUGAUGCGAGCACGGAGACGAUCAUGUGGUUUGUUUUGGCUUGUGUUACUGAGGGCCAUAGGGGGUGGGUUGACAAGGCACAGGGGGACUUGGAUCGUGUUGUUGGACGGGGGCGGUUGCCCGCCUUUGAUGACCGGGCUGGGUUGCCGUAUGUUACUGCUGCUGUGAACGAGUUAAUGCGGUGGCGGCCGGCGGGCGCGGCGGGGGUGCCGCAUUUUACCAAGGUGGAGAGCAGCUAUGAAGGUUGGCGGAUUCCUGCCAACUCGGUAGUGAUUCCGAAUCAUUGGGCGAUUACACGGGAGGAGGCUGUAUUUGGCCCGGAUGUGGAAGCGUUUGUGCCAGAGCCGUGGCUGGGAGAGGAGCUUCCCAUCGUUGGGUUUGGGUAUGGACGCCGGAUAUGCCCCGGCCGGCUUUGUUGCGCGGAAUGGCUUGUGGAUAGCGGUCGCACGGCUGUUGUGGGCUUUUGA